AUGUCAGUAACCUCAGGCCAGAGUCCUGAUGACCAUCGUUCCCAAUCAGCGACACCCAAGGUGGUCCAUGAUCUCAACUGUGCGAUCGAGCAUGAUCUUCCAUUUCCGUCGCCUCAUUCCGCGCCGGAUGUGUCCUAUACCUGCUUCCGAGACGGCAGUGUCAGUGCCGUAUUAGGGGGUCAAACCCAGUGGUCGACCAGGGAAUUGACCCCAGAAUCGGAAAAGGAGGGCUACCUGGGCGACUCGUCUACUUUCAAGUUCAUGUCCAAAGUCAAACAUGGCGCCAGCACCACCGGGGACGACGAAAUUCAGGAUAUCUCCCAACCCCAGAAACGGCCUCGUCGAGAAAUCAACCGUGCCACUGACCGGGUCCACGACCACAACAUCAACCCCACAAUGGACAUGGAAGACUGGUUUCUCCUCCCCCCGAGAUCCAUUGCAAACGCGCUUGUGGAUGGCUACUUCAAAUACGUCCAUCAACUCUAUCCUUUCAUCCAUGAACCAUCCUUCCGCAAAGACUACGAGUCAGUCUGGAAUGCCGACAGUUCACAUGGCGAGCAAGCACUCUCGUUUGGACUGAUAAACCUCGUAUUUGCCCUUGGCUCGGAGUUCGCUGACGGGACGACCAUGGACAGAAGUCCCAACCGGGCUUCGGGCUUCAUGUCGCGCGCAAAGGCCAUUAUCUACGCGAAUUUGUUCAGGACGGGGAGUCUCGAAAUCGUCCAAGCGCUGCUACUUUUGUGUCUCUAUCUUCAAGGAACUUCCGAGCUGAACAAGUGCUGGAACCUUGUGGGCCUGAUGAUUCGCAUGGCCUACGGCAUCGGUCUUCACAUGGACCCCGCGCGCUUCGGCGUCGGGCACAUCGAAAAGGAAAUGAGGAAACGCAUCUGGUGGGGGUGUUUCAAUCUCGACCGGACUCUCAGCUUUCGAUUCGGUCGACCGCCGGCGAUUCGAACAGACGACGGUCUGGAAGUGACUCUUCCUCUCCUCGUUGACGACGCAUACAUUCAAGACGAAGCCAAGGCUCCCACACAACCGGAUGGCCAGCCUUCAUACAUUGAGUUCUUUGUACGGGCCACCAAACUGACAAUGAUCAUGGAAGACACGCUGCGGCACCUGUACCUGAAGCCGAGAAAACUGCACCGUCAACGUUCAGAGGCCGCGAUCGCCGAGGAGAUAUCGUCCUUGUUGGCAAACACGGUGAAGCUCGAUGGUGAGCUCACUGUAUGGGAAAAGAGCCAUCCUCCGCAUCUCGCCUUUCACCGAACAGCUUCAGAAGACAUCACUCUUCAACGACUGCAAAACAAUCUUCGAGUUAGAGCCCUCGUCCUUCGCUCAAUCCUCCAUCGACAGGCUUUUCUGCUCUUCUGCCGUGACGAGCCCAUAGACGAAUUCCAGCGUGCCAUUGCGGUCAACUGUUCGCGCGCAUGCAUCGCCGCCGCUCGGCAGACGAUUCGCCUGAUCAACACAUUUCACUCUCGGCGACUGAUCAGUUCGCUCUUCCAAAAUCUACACUAUGUCUUUUCGUCCAUGGGCGUCCUCCAAUGCCUCCAAACUCUCGACAAGACCAAGCUGGACUCGCUCGGCGAAUCCGGCGAGGACGAGGUGCUCGAGAUGGGGAUGAGAUUCCUCGAUGACGGGUGCCAACAAAGCUCCCUUGCCGCCACAUACAUGGCUUCCCUCCGCCAGGUGGGCACCAAGGGCCGAGCCCGCAGCGAUCACCAUGGCUGCUCGCCAUCCCAGUUGGCGGGCGCGAGUGCCUCUAUCUCGGCUGCCGAAAGGGACGUCCGACAAGGCUCCGACCUGAUCAUGGAUGCCUCGUCUUUCAUGAUUGCCCCCACAGUGUCGACGUUGGAGUUGACCGGCUCAUUCACCAAUCCCGUUCGAGGACCUCUAUAUCCUGGCGGCUUCGGGACCGGAUUCCCGCCCGACUUCAUGCUGGACGAGGAUUUCAACACGGAUCAAUUUUUCCUCGGUACGAUGGCCUAA